AUGAGUACCAAUAACUUACUGAAAAGCUCGGUCAAUCAAUACCUGGAGGAACUUCCGCAGCAGAUUCAAAGCAGAUUAUAUCAGUCGCCAGCAACAUGCUUAGCAAUCUACAGGCUACUUCCGCAGCUGGCGAAGUUCUUCAUAAUGUCUAUGGUAUUCACUGAAAGUGAAAUAUCCUUACGAGACUUGGAUAGAUGGGUUAAAGCCAGCGGUAAGAAUCAAUUCCAGGAGGCUAUCAAAUCGAUGAAGUCGCUACACUUACUUAUCCCGGUGCGUUCUAAUGGACCGAUGAUGAUCAACUUGAAUCAGACAUUCAGGGAAAGUUUCAAGAACGCCCUAACAGGUGGUAAAGUAAACAACUCGUUCGGGAUUGUUGUAGACGAGGCAGAUGAUGUUGUAACCACAGGGAUGCUCGAUAGCUAUUCUGCCGAUAAAUGGGAAACAAUUCUGCAUUUUAUGGUGGGAACUCCGUUAACCAAUAUUCCAUCGAGCAACGUCUUGAACUUGCUGAAACAUAGUAAGCUAAUGGAAGAAGUGAGCACUACGGGCGAGUUCAAAAUCACUAAUGAAGGCUUUCAGUUUCUGCUGCAGGAAGUUAAUUCGCAGAUAUGGACGCUCCUGCUGCAGUAUCUGAAGAUGACAGAAACUUUGCAAAUGGAUCCUGUUGAGGUCCUUAACUUUAUCUUCAUGCUGGGAGCGCUCGAGUUUGGUAAGCCUUAUAGCAUGGAUGGACUGAGCGAGACCCAAAAAUUGAUGUCAAAAGAUAUGAGGGACUACGGGCUGGUAUUCCAGAAAAGUUCAAACUCCAACGUUUUUUACCCCACCAGAUUAGCUACAAUGCUGACAUCUGAUGCCAAGAGUAUACGAGGUGCCUCUGGUGCUAUGGACAGUGUAUUAAAGCAAAAUAAAGACGAAAAAUCAGGCAAGACGGUUGGCGAUAUUGACAACGACGAUCAACUGGGAGCAAACGGUCAAUACACCCAGGACGGUGCGCUUAUCGUUGAGACUAAUUUCAAACUGUACUCAUAUUCCAACUCACCUCUGCAGAUAGCAAUUCUCAGUCUAUUUGUUCACUUAAGAUCCAGAUUCAGCAAUAUGAUUACGGGCCAAAUCACAAGGGAAUCCAUCAGAAGAGCCCUAAUGAACGGAAUCACUGCAGAUCAGAUUAUAGCCUACCUACAAACACAUGCCCAUCCACAGAUGAGGCGGCUGGCGGAAGAGAAGCUGGAAAAGAAACUAGAGCUUGACGCGAACUGCAAAGAUUCACUACAAAUACUUCCUCCAACGGUAGUUGAUCAAAUUAAACUUUGGCAAUUGGAGCUCGACAGAAUUAUAUGCUACGAAGGAUCGCUCUACUCCGAUUUCGAGAGCCACCAAGAGUAUCAUUUGCUUAGUACAUAUGCCCAAGAUAUCGGUGUCCUGUUGUGGAAAGAUGACAGAAAGAAGAACUUUUUCGUUUCAAAAGAAGGCAAUUCCCAGGUUCUCGAUUAUGCCAAGAGGAAGCUCAAGAAGAAACAAAGCGGAACUUGA